GCAAAGGGAAUGAAUGAAUGAAUAAGGAGAGAAAGUCUGGGCCAGAAGUGUUGAAGGCCCAAACGAAGCCUAGAAAAGACGAAGUCCGAAGUGAAGUUGAGGUUGUUGCUAUGGCUUCCUCGUUGUCGUUUUGGGAAUACACGGUGAUCUUCUUUCUGCGCCCCCUUUUCGCCAUACUCUUCGUUCUCUUCUUAAUAUCUUCUGGUUGGUUUGUGGCGUGGAAACUAGUGCUGGUUCACGUUCCUUUGGUGCAAGAGGUUUUCGGCCUCAAAAAGAAACCUGUCCGAGUGAAGCCCCCAAUUGGUCGCUUCUCCAAAAUUUACAGCACACUUCAUGCCCAAAACUCACCUUCCACAUGGAGGAGAAUUUUACUCAGGCUCACCUUGCUUCCUAUUAAAUUCAAAUGGCUGUUCAGGUUUUAGAUAAAAUCAUCAAAUUGUCAAGAGGAUGGCAAAUAUGGGGUCUUGGACCGUAGAACAGGCUGUAAAUUAUUGAUUGGAAUGAAUGAAUAUUUUCCUAGCAGGUAACGCGUUUCACAAACGGUAGAUUGUGAUUAUUAAAACCUUGUAUAUAACAUGACAAAACAAAAGCCAUGAAUGGUCUCGCUGUUGACUAGAUGAUCAAUUUCGAGUGAUGAUGAAUUAUGAUUUUUUUAUGGUAGCUUUUGGCCUUGUAUUGUAUACAGAAUGUUAAAGCACCAAUAUUAUUAUAACAUGGCUUGGUUGUGUUUGUGUACAAAUACUUGGUUAAUGCAGAUAAUUAUGAAUGCAAGGGUGUUUGACUAUUAACCCCAUUGAA